AUGGGAACAGAAAUUGCAAUAUCUUUUAGUUCAUUACGUACACAACUAGAAAAUGAAAAAAGUAGUUUAUUUAAAAUAGACGAAAACAUCAAAAAAAUUGUCCAAACCUCUGGAAGAUUUCCUAACGAUAGGUUUAAUCCAACCGGACAUUAUACGAGAGGUGGACACCAACAGAUAGGUGGACGAAAUUCCUUUUCAGAUUACAAAAAUCAAAAAAAUGAUGACCAAUUUGGAAAACGAAAAAAUGAAACUAAAACAGUGUUCAGCAGGUUAUCAGCAAGAGUCCAAGACAGUGAUGGUGAGGAUGAUGGCCCAGGUAUCAAGAGAGCUAAAGUACCAUCAGCAGUUAGUCGGGAACUACCAUCAAGAGCAGCAGUUCUUAGGGCGCAGGGUGAUGAUGAACAAGCGAGGACAAGGAACCGACGAAUAUUCGGAUCGCUGCUUGGAACAUUACAAAAGUUUAAACAGGAAGAAAUUGGUUUGCAGACAAAAGAAGAAAAGAAAGCACAAGUCGAACGUAAAAUAGAGGAACAAGCGCGCUUAGAAAAAGAAAGGGAACAAAAAGAGAGAAAGACAUUAUUUGCUGAGAGAGAACAUAAAAAAGCUACAAUUAAGGCUUUGGAAGCAAAGAUGGCACGCGUGCAAGAGUUUGAGAAAUGGGAGGCUUCACAGAAGAGUCUUGCAAACUUCAUUCUUACAAAAGCAAAGCCACAUGUCUAUUGGCUGCCAAAGAAAAUGACGGAUAAGGCCACUGAGAAAUUAAAUUCAAGCAGAAAAUUCCAUGAAAAAUACAUGAUUAAAAAACGCCAAGAACUCCAAGAUGAGCUUCUACGAAUAGAACAGAGGUGCCUUCGCUCACGUGGCCCAGGAACAAAAGAGAAUGAACCCAACAACACACAUCAUGAAGAAGAAAAAGAACAUGAGAAAGCACCGCUUGAAAACUCUGAAGUGGUUAUAAAGAACGAAGAAGAAGAAGAUAAGGGGAGAAAGAGAAAUAAAUUCGCAAUGGAUGUUGACGAAAAGGAAAAAGAAGACAGUGAUGCUGAUGACAGACAUGAAGAAGCUAGCACAGAUAAGCCACAAGAAGCUAGCACAGCGAAUCCACAAGAAGAAAACGUAACAGAAGAAGACAAAAUGGAUGCAAAUACAGAAGAGGAAUCAAAAACGGAAACCGUGAAGGAAACUGAACCGGAAGACGUGAAAGAAAACUUGGAAUCAUCAAAAGAAAGUACAACAGAAGAAAUUACAAACAAUGAAUCACAAGAUGUGGAAAUGAAAGACCCUGUAGAAAAGGCCGAACAUUCCUAG